AUGACAUCAACAAAUACAUUGGAGGAAAACAUUAAUAUGUUACAACAAUAUGUUGAAUAUUUUCCAGACUUCCCUAAACCAGGAAUCUUAUAUAAGGAUAUAUUAUCAUUGUUAAACCACAGUGAUGGAAUAAAAUUGUUGGAGAAAAUAUUGAAACAAAUUUCUGAUCAACUACGUGGUAAAGUUGACUGUAUAGCGAUGUUGGAGACUCGUGGUUUUAUUUUUGCUCCAAUACUUGCUUUAGAACUCAAUGUACCAUGCAUACCUGUUAGUAAAAAAGGCAAUUUACCAGGUCCUGUCAUCGAGAUGUCAUAUAUUUUGGAAUAUGGAGAAGAUAUUUUGACAGUACAAUUAAAUAGUAUUACAAAAGGACAGAAGAUAUUCAUAGUGGAUGACUUUCUUGCAACUGGUGGUACAUUAGAAGCCGCUUCAAAGUUAAUUGAAAAAGCAGGUGGCGAAAUUGUACAAGGAUUAGUAUUGAUGGAAAAAUUAGAAUUAGAAGGACGUAAAAGAUUAAAUUUUCCAAUGAUAUCAUUAAUGUCUGAAUAA